GGCACACAAUGUGAUAGUUUUCCGAUAUAAAAACGCCAGUUAAUUGGUGAAAAUAGCCAUCGGAAUAGUGGCAAAAAAAUUUUCCCUUGUCGCUCUGCUAUUUUUUGCCUUCGUCUGCGCGUGCGAGCGAGAUGGCGGCAGCGGCACGACUGGUCGCGUCGGAGCAUCGCGUGUGAGCAAGCGAGAUGAGGCUAUCGACCAAGCGAAAACGCAUACGCCAAAGUCGAAAAGUGAUUUUUUCUUCGUCCGUUCGGGCGAAGUCGAAACUGCUGCGAAAGGACGCGCGAAUUGAAAAUAAAUCAAGAAGAAAACCAAUAACAUAACCUCCAGCGAGAGAGUAAAAUGAAUAAUGAUGCGAAAACCCAUGAAUGCGAUGACUUGAAUGUGCGCUCUACGGCGUAUUUUAACCAACAAACCACAACCAACCAACCGAAAGCAACCAGCAAGACUAACGCAGGCUCCAAUAAUAACUCCAAUCAAAAGCCCAACAGACAGUUUAAUCAUAAUUUACCUCGUAUUGCCGCCGCAAGACAUUCGAUAGCCGCCGCUCUACUGGCUAGUAAUAGUCUAAAAACCAGCGGACGGAAGAUCCUGUCGGCCAAGAAUGAGCCACUGACGACGACGGAGUCAUCAUCAGGCGCAUUAACCACUACACCCAUUAAUAAAGCUGCCGCCUCCCCAGCCAGCCGAUUGAAAGUUAACAAUAACACCAAUAACACUGCCAAGAUGUCUGGAACCAGUAGCAGUCAGACCUCGGCCACGCCUACACCUCCCACGGCCACCAGCAACAGCAGCACAGCAACAACAACGAAUAACAACAGUGGUGGAAAUGGCAGCGGUAGCGGUAUCGGUACCACGGUCAUAGCCAAUCCCGCUUCGGUAACUAACACCGGAGCAGGAAGUGCCGCAAAGUUCCGUGCCGCUGUGGCCUCGGCGCCUAGCCCAGCACUGCCUGCAAACGCUCCUGCAACAGCAACUGCUCCUGCCCCCAGUAGUAGCUCCUCCAGCUCCUCGUCCUCGAAGAAGACCCGAGCAGCAGUGGCUGCCCUGAAGCGACAGGUUGCCUUGCAGCAGCAGCAACAGCCCGUUGCCGGGAAUAGCCCCAACUUGGCCAGCAAGGAUUCGGCGCAUUUGAAAUUCGCCGCAACCACUCUGCUGAUGGGCGCCGCAGCCGCUGCCGCCGAUAGCAACGCUGGCGCUGCUACCGGUGGAUCAGGAGCAGGAGGAUCAUCAGGGCCAAGAAUGGCCCUCAACCCCGCCGUGGAUGUGGCCAAUGCCGCCGCCGUGCUUAAGCAGAAGCUGAAGGACGCGGCUGCCGCUGCUUCGGCCUCCGCCACCAAUCGGUCCACCACCUCGUCUAUGUCAUCAACCGCCUCCUCGCUAUCCUCGUCGGCGGGCCUCGUGAAUGCCAUCUCGGCGCUGCAGAACAUUAUCACGCCGGACACGGACACCGACACCGAGCCCUACCCCCAGCCAGUCACCACAGACCUGUCCGAAUCGGAGGAGGAGUCUGUCUCAGAGAUCCUAUUGGCAUUCUUGUGUUUAAGGCCAGAUCUCCUGGACGAUAUUCCCGAAUCGGAUCCGGAUAGCUGCCCGCAUGAGGGCGAGGUGCGCGAGGAUGAGGACGAAACGGAGGAGGAGUCGGAGGAUUCUGAUGAGUCUGAAGGCGAUGACGAAGAGGAUGAGGAGGAGAUAGAUGUGAUGCAGGACAAUGAUGCCGACGACGAGGAGAUCGACGAUGAGGACGAGGAAGAGGAUGCGCCCGAAGUGAGUUCCUUCCUGCUGGACGCCAACAACAAGCGUCCUAGUAACCUCACCGCCCUGCUCCAGGCCGCGGCCAAUGAGAAGGCUCCCGUCCUGCGCCACGCCACCCACGCCAUCGACGAGACGAAGCAGGCGCUCACCAAGAUGCGCUGUGCCAACAGUCCCCGAGACAAGAACAGUGGUUUCUCCCGAUCCCUUGUCGCCGCCUGCACAGACAACGAUGUCAAUACGGUGAAGCGGCUACUCUGCAAGGGAAACGUCAACCUCAACGAUGCGGCCGCCUCCACGGACGAUGGCGAAUCCCUUCUCUCGAUGGCCUGCUCCGCGGGAUACUUCGAGCUCGCUCAGGUUCUGCUGGCCAUGUCUGCCGCCCAGGUGGAGGACAAGGGUCAAAAGGACUCGACGCCGCUGAUGGAGGCCGCCUCCGCCGGUCACCUGGACAUUGUCAAUCUGCUGCUCAGCCACAACGCCGAUGUGAACGCCCACUGCGCCACCGGUAACACCCCGCUCAUGUUUGCCUGCGCCGGUGGCCAGGUGGAUGUGGUCAAGGUGCUUCUCAAGCACGGAGCCAACGUCGAGGAGCAGAACGAGAACGGACACACGCCCCUGAUGGAGGCCGCCUCCGCCGGCCAUGUGGAAGUAGCAAAGGUUCUGCUCGAGCAUGGAGCCGGCAUCAACACCCACUCAAAUGAGUUCAAGGAGAGCGCCCUCACACUGGCCUGCUACAAGGGUCACUUGGACAUGGUCCGAUUUCUGCUUCAAGCCGGAGCCGAUCAGGAGCAUAAAACCGACGAAAUGCAUACAGCCCUGAUGGAGGCUUCGAUGGACGGCCAUGUGGAGGUGGCACGCCUGCUUCUGGACUCCGGUGCCCAAGUAAACAUGCCCACGGACUCGUUCGAGUCACCUCUUACGUUGGCCGCCUGCGGAGGCCAUGUGGAACUGGCUACUCUGCUGAUCGAGCGGGGUGCCAACAUUGAGGAGGUGAAUGACGAAGGCUACACACCGCUCAUGGAGGCCGCUCGUGAGGGUCACGAAGAGAUGGUGGCCCUGUUGCUCAGCAAGGGUGCAAACAUCAAUGCCACGACCGAGGAAACCCAGGAGACGGCCCUUACGUUGGCCUGCUGUGGAGGCUUCAGCGAGGUGGCCGCCUUUCUUAUCAAAGAGGGAGCCAACCUUGAGCUUGGCGCCUCCACGCCGCUCAUGGAGGCCUCGCAAGAGGGACACACCGAUCUGGUGCGCUUUCUGUUGAAGAACAAGGCCAAUGUCCAUGCGGAGACGCAGACGGGCGAUACUGCUUUGACUCAUGCCUGCGAGAACGGUCACACGGAUGCCGCCGGCGUGCUUCUAUCCUAUGGAGCCGAGCUGGAGCACGAGUCCGAGGGCGGACGAACGCCGCUGAUGAAGGCCUGCCGAGCCGGACACCUGUGCACCGUCAAGUUCCUCAUCCAGAAGGGCGCCAAUGUCAAUAAACAGACCACUAGUAAUGACCACACUGCCCUGUCGCUAGCCUGUGCCGGGGGCCACCAGUCCGUUGUGGAGCUCCUGCUGAAGAACAACGCCGACCCGUUCCACAAACUGAAGGACAACAGCACCAUGCUGAUCGAGGCUUCCAAGGGUGGACACACUCGUGUGGUCGAGCUGCUGUUCCGCUACCCGAACAUUUCGCCCACAGAGAUGGCAGCAGCUGCGAACGCGAACCAGGCAGCGGCAGCCACCGCAGCCCCAGCUGGGCAGCAUCAGAUGCGUCUGCAGACCCAUAAGAUCAUCCAUCAGCAGCUCCAGCAUCAGCUUAACGCUCCCCCUGGAUUGCACGAGUUGUCGGAGGCGGCACGCGCAUCAAACCAACAGCAUUUCCACCAGCAGCAGUUCAGUAGUGCCGGCAACGGAUCCUCCAACAUUGUGGCACUAGGCACUGGCGAUUUCUUAGACGCCGGCGAGCUGCAACUCACGGCGACAGCGGGCAUGGGCGCGGGAGCAGGAGCCAGCACCACAGGCAGUGAAGCUGGUAUGGAGGAGUAUGGAGAAGUCGGAGGAAUCGACCUGACCACUCUCGGUGCUCAGCAGCAGGAAGGCCUCAUUGCCAAGUCUCGACUGUUUCACCUGCAGCCUGGCUUCGAACAGCAGCAACAACAGCAGCAGCAGCCACCUGCAGCCGGUCAGCAUCAGUUGGUCCCGUGCAAGCACUUCGACCUGGACAUGGAGCACAUUAACUCACUCCAGCCGCCGCAAAAGGCGCCGCCAGCGCCUCCGGUUCUCUUCCACACCGUUUGUCAGCAGCCUGUAAUCCAACAGCAAAGUCAGAGCACGCUGAAGGGCUUGCUUCCGAACCGGAAUCGCGCUCAGAAAACCGGUGAAUUGGUGGAGUUUAUCGACUGUCCACUGGAUCAGCAGCAGCAUGGUGAGCAGGUCCGUACGCAGCCAUUGGGAGAGGAUGGAAAGGCCACGCAGUUCGCCUGCGUUGGAGAGGAUCCACGGCUGCAGCGACGACGCGGUUUCAUGCCGGAGCUGAAAAAGGGCGAACUGCCGCCGAAGUGCAGUAGUGGUGAACUUAACGAGCUAGCCCUGAAAGGAGCCGAAAACAAUCAGUCCGUACCGACAGCACAGGACAACAGUACCUGCGCCCAAAUCCCAGCGCGAAACUCUGGCGGAGCCAUUAUACACUCUUCGGAAGUUCUCCAGAGCACAGCCAUCAGCGACAGGCCCAAGGUUAAGGCCACCAACAAGAGCAACCGCAAACAGGCAGCCGCAGCAGCAGCAGCUGCAGCAGCAGCGGCGGCGGCGGCAGCAGCAGCAGCCCAGCAUGCCCAGCAGGUGUUGCCAAACCUGCAGCAAAACCCAAUGGUGUCCAUUUAUAAUAACCUGCAUAUGCAGCAGACGCAUCUGCAACUUCAGCAGCAUUUGCAACUGCACCACCAGCGAGUAGCACUGGACAAUGCAGCGGCUGCAGCCGCAGCAGCGGUUUCAUCCGCGAACGUGGCUUACUCUAAUUCCCCGGCCUCUCCUCUCGCCUCCCCCACUGGCAGUGGCAACUAUGUCGACCAGCAGCAGCAACAGUCCUUGGAUGUAGCCCUGCAGCAGCAGCAGUCCUUGGAUGUGGCCCUGCAGCGCAAGACGGCCAUGGACGAUUUUCGUGGAAUGCUGGAGACAGCGGUGAACGGGUCGAGGGGCAGAAAAGACCUUGCCCUUAACACACCCCAGUUGAACUUCUUUAAGGACGGCUGGCAUAUGGUGGGAGUGCACAAUUUCUUCGGCGAUCAGCCCAAAUCGCCAACUGAGACUCCGCCGGAGAUGGAGGAGACCACUAUGUCUUCGCCAACUGAAGCAGAUCGUCUUGGAUCGGAACCUCGAGCCGAGAUGAAGAAUCUGGCCACGCUUUGUUCGGCGGCGGCAGCAGCUGCUGCUGUGGCUGCAGCAAAUAAGGAUCAGGACGAAAUCAGCUCGGAGCUUGAAAGCGAUUGCGAUGAUGACGCCGAGGGCGUUGCUGGGGCAGAUGGCGAGGAAAAUACAUUGCCACCCGAGCCUAUUGAGUUGGGUGCCGAUGCUAGCAUUGUGGAGGAAGUGGAGGUUGAUGAGGACGAGGAAGAUGAUGACGAAGAGGAUACAAACAGCGGAGAUAUCGAUAAACUCAACUACGAGGAUGAUGAUGCUGAGGUGGACAACGAUGGUGAGGUAGACUACAUCGAUGAGGACGAAGGUGGUGGCGACGGCGAGGAUGAGGAGGACGACGGGGACGAUGACGAGUUCUUCUUAGACGAGCCCGACAGUGAUCAAGGUGCCGGCAACAAUAAUAACAACAAGAGUGGCGCCAGUUCGCUGCCCAUGAAGCACCGAAAAAUGACUACUCGGCUGGAGAACCUUAUACUCACCUCGCAGACGCUGUGCGACUUCCCGCCCGAACUCACUAACUCUGAGCUGGUUCACGUCCUGCCCCAGAUUAGCAAUCUCAAGGCGGCAGCCAGCAGCAACGCGGCGCUGAACAGCGUGCUCCAACAACAGCUAGCUGCUGCCACCGCGGCAGCUGCACACGCCAAAGCAGCUGCGGUCCACCAGAAGCUGCAGCUCCAUCACCAAGAGGGAGAUCAACAAUGCGAAGACGAUGGUGGCGCCAGCGCGAGUGAACUUUAUUCCGGCUUGGAGCAUUUUGCCAAUGAUGGCGAAAUGGAGGACAUAUUUCAGGAAUUGGCAAGUAGCCUGAACUACCCAGAGCUGGCCGAGUUUAGCCUGAACCAGAUGUGUAAGGGCAGGUUCGCAGGCAACUGGGCGCAGUCAUCGGCCAAGUGGACUGGACAGGAGCAGUUGGUGGGCGUGGUAAGGUCGCCGGGUCUGAUUAACCCAGGCGAUGUUCCACAGGAUGCCCAGCGACAGGCGAAUCUUGUUCUCCUGGACUAUCCCAUGCAGCAAAACAUCCCUCUCGACCAGCGACUAAUGGAGGCUGAGGAAAUGCACCAGCAGCAACACCAACAGGCACCGCUUUCUUUGCUGCCCUUUACGGACGAUCAGCAGCAGCAGCUUCACCAUCAAGCAUUGCCCAUUGCCGCCGAAUUUCAUCAGCACCAGCAGCUCGCGUUAGAAUCGGAUCCAGACCUAAAGCAGCAGCUCCAGCAUUACUCUAACGCGCGCACCAUCAAGGCGUUGGCAGCCCAGCACCAACAUCAGCAGCAGCCUGCCACCAACUUUGUUUACAACGUCGAGAGCGGCGACAAGAAUGCUCCGCCGGUGCAGUUGCUCUUUCAGUUGCCUCCGAACAUGACCCAGCAUCAGGCGCAACAACAGGCAUUUGCAGAGCCACUCUCCGAACAGCAGCAGCAGCAGUUGCACGCUGAGCAGGCCCAUCUCUUCCAGCAUCGAACUGGCGGUCAGCGUCCGCCCACCCAGAGUGAACUAGAGCAGGUGGCCCAAGAGUUGUUGCUCCAGCGCACUGGUCAGGUGCCAGGAGCUCCUGUCGUGGGUGUCCAAGCUUUGCCGCUCAAGCAAAAGCACUUUAACCUGCAGGAACAGUUGCUCCUUCACCCUCCGCCGCAUAUGCAGGCGCCCACUUGUGUCCAGCACCAGGUGGCCACGCAGACGCAUCCUGCUUCUGUGGUAGUGCCGCAGCCAGCAGUUGGACAGUACACGCAAUUCGCCCUGCAGCCUUCCCAGCAACAACAAUUGCAGCAACAGCCGGGCCAGCCGCCGAACGAGCUAUCCAUUUGGCCGAUGGGCACGCCUACUCCCACCCCCAGCAGCGGUGUUAGCGCCACCAAGUCAAUGCCCGGUGGCAUUGCCAAGAAGGCCAUCGACAAGCAGUCGCGCAAGGAUCGCCGCUGCGUGAUGCGCCAGACACCAGCCGGCAGCCAAGUGAAUACCAACCAGCAUCAACAGCCCCAGGUCGCAACUGCCCAGCAACAGGCCCAACUCCAGAACCAAUUGGCCGUUGCGACCACCGUUAGUGUGGACAAGACCAUUGAGAUUGAUUCGGAGACGGAGUCGAACCACGAUACCGCCCUAACAUUGGCUUGUGCCGGCGGUCACGAGGAGCUGGUGGAGCUGCUCAUCAAUCGAGGGGCGAACAUCGAGCACCGCGACAAGAAGGGAUUCACGCCGCUUAUCCUGGCCGCCACCGCUGGCCACGACAAGGUGGUGGACAUUCUGCUCAAGCACAGCGCUGAGCUCGAAGCUCAAUCAGAGCGCACCAAGGACACGCCCCUGUCGCUGGCCUGCUCCGGCGGCCGCUACGAGGUGGUGGAACUUCUGCUCAGCGUUGGUGCCAACAAAGAACACCGCAAUGUAUCCGACUACACGCCAUUGAGCUUGGCGGCCAGCGGAGGCUAUGUCAACAUCAUUAAGCUGCUGCUCAGUCACGGAGCGGAGAUCAAUUCGCGCACGGGCAGUAAGCUAGGAAUCUCCCCGCUGAUGUUAGCCGCUAUGAAUGGCCACACGCCGGCAGUGAAGCUGCUUCUGGACCAGGGAUCCGACAUAAAUGCUCAGAUCGAAACGAAUCGCAACACGGCCUUGACUUUGGCCUGCUUCCAGGGCAGGCAUGAGGUCGUAAGUCUUUUGCUUGACCGACGGGCCAAUGUGGAGCAUCGGGCUAAGACGGGUCUGACGCCGCUUAUGGAGGCCGCCUCGGGUGGUUACAUAGAGGUGGGUCGCGUGCUGCUGGACAAGGGGGCGGAUGUCAAUGCUGCGCCGGUGCCAACGUCCAGGGACACGGCUCUCACCAUCGCCGCUGACAAGGGGCACCAGAAGUUUGUGGAGCUGCUCCUGUCCCGUAAUGCUAGUGUAGAGGUAAAAAAUAAGAAGGGUAACUCCCCACUCUGGUUGGCCGCCCACGGUGGUCAUCUCAGUGUGGUGGAGCUUCUUUACGACCACAAUGCUGAUAUUGACUCACAGGAUAAUAGACGCGUAUCCUGUCUGAUGGCUGCUUUCCGCAAGGGUCACACUAAGAUUGUCAAGUGGAUGGUGCAGUAUGUGUCGCAGUUCCCCUCCGACCAGGAGAUGAUCCGCUUCAUUGGCACGAUCAGUGACAAAGAUCUGAUCGACAAGUGUUAUGACUGCAUGAAAAUCCUGCGUAGCGCAAAAGAGGCUCAGGCCGUUAAGGCCAACAAGAACGCCUCGAUCCUGCUGGAGGAGCUUGACCUGGAGCGGACACGCGAGGAGAGUCGCAAGGCAGCCGCCGCCCGGCGUCGUGAGCGCAAAAAGAAGAAGAAGAUGGAGAAGAAGGAGGAGAAGCGCCGCCAGCAGCAGGGCAAUGGAGUUGGCGGAGACGAUAUGCAGGGCGAUGACGAUGAUGCCAGUGACAAGGAUGAUGAUUCCGACAAGGACGACGAAGACGAAGAGGUGGCGCCGGCCGCAGCCCGUGAAGAGGGCGACUCGGGCAUCGAUCAGGGUUCAUGCUCCAGCGGCGACACUAAGGGAGCGCGCAUAGGUGGUGGCCAAUCCGUUCAGGCUGCGGAAACGGCAGCCAACUCGGGGUCAAACAACAAUCAGGGAAAGAAGAGCAAGAAGCAGCCGAAAAACAAGCCGGUAACGGUGGAACCGGUUGCAGCUCCCACUACGCCUCCCGUUAUCUCAUCCGCUUCGAGCACAGUCCUUAAGGGCAUCUCUGUGAAGAAGCAACCGGCAGUCGAAGUUGUUAGGCAGCCUCCUGUCAUACAGCAGGCUGCUCCUCUCAAGCGACAACUGGAGGUAAAGAAAGAGGAGCCAUCUAUCAAAAAGAAGGAAGAGAAGAACAGCUCGACCAGUAGUAGCAGCAACAACAAGCGUGAGAAGGAGAACCUUGCGCCCAAGGAGGUUGCACUGCCAGCGAAGCAGCAACCCAGUGGCUCCAGCAAACUGCAGAUCAGCGAAUCCGCCAACAAUAUUAGCAGCAGCACUGCUACCAACGCCAGUAGCGCCAAUACUACCACCCGCAAAGAAGUGUCCAAACCAGUGUCACAAGCCACCAGCAGUGCCAGUCUGAAUCCUGCCAAACGCAGCGAAGUCGAUGGCUGGAAGGAAGUGGUGCGGAAGAGCAGCACACAGCAGACAACAGCGGUGGGAGUGAGUGGAGUUCCCGCGCCUGUGACAGCAACCAGUUCAGCCACCAGCGUGCAACACCAUCCGCAUCACCCGCACCAUCACCUGGCCAACAGCUCGAGCAACAGUUCCAGCUCUCUUGCCACAGGCGCAACUUCAUCGGCGUCCUCAGUUUCUGAGAUGACUUGCAAGAAGGUGCAGGUGCCGGUAAAUGCCAUCUCCAGGGUUAUUGGACGAGGCGGAAGUAACAUAAACGCCAUUCGUGCCACUACCGGUGCCCACAUCGAGGUGGAGAAGCAGGGCAAGAACCAGUCGGAGCGCUGCAUCACGAUCAAAGGUCUGACGGAUGCCACCAAGCAGGCUCAUAUGCUUAUAUUGGCACUCAUCAAAGAUCCCGAUGUGGACAUCUUGCAAAUGUUGCCCAGGAUCAACAGCAGCAUUAAGCAAUCGUCCAAUAGCGGGUCAAACGCUCCGAUGGCCGUGGGUACUUGGGAUAAUCGCACCGCUGCCGGUGUCAAUGUGUACACAUUUUCUUCGGCUGCAUCCACCACCUCUACAUCGUCCAGUUCGUCUGCCAGUUCCACAACAGCGGCGGGAGCUGCCUACAGCAAUGCGCACAAGCAGCAGCAGCAGCUGCAGCCCAUGAAGACCACAAGUGGGCGUUCAUCUGCGUCUGCCAAAUCCAACGGCAGCAGCAGCUCCAAGGUGUCAUCGGGUGGAUCUAGUUCACGCAAUGGCAGGGGUGGCGGUGGCUACGUCAGCCAGCAACAGACUGGUCGUAGCUCCGGAAGUGGCUCUUCAAAUGGUGUGGCCAAGAGCAAGACGGAGGGCUCAUCCAAAUCCCUACCAGCUGCACAGAAAAGUACCAGUUCUCUGGGUAAAUCCUCGACAGUGGCUACCGGAGCACAAAACUUUGCGAAGGCGGCGGCCAUUUCCCAGUCCUCGCCCAAAAAGGCAGAGGGAGGAGUAUCCGCUGCUGUGAUUACCUCUGCAGGCGGACGCAGCAGUGGCGUGGUGGCUCCAUUUGGAAGAGGAAAGCCAGUCGCUGGACAGGGAGGAACUGCAACUACUAUUGGUAGCAAUGUUGCCCAGCUUGGAAGCGGCAGCAGCAGCAGCAACAACAACAUCAGCAACAUAUUGGCUGGACCAAUUGGCACCUUCAACGUGGCGGAUGUGGCCGCCGUAAAUGCCGCCGCCGCAGCAGGAGCCGCUGCCGCCGCGGCUAACAGCAAUAUUAAACCCAUUGCACCUAUUGCACCGCCUAAUAAGCGAGUGGGCUCACCCACCCAAACCCAACAGCCACAGCAGCAGCAGCAACAACACCCACCCCAGCCAGCACCUGGACCGCAGCCACAACAGCAACCCCAGCAACAGCAGCAGAUACAACAGCCACCCCAGCAACAACAACCACAGACGUCCCAGCAGAAUCUGGUGAUCAACACAAACGUGAAUGACCUAAUCGCCGCCGGUGCAGCAAACAGUGGCAGCGAUAGCUUCAGUGCUCAGCUGGCCGCCAAGUUGUCAAGCGCCUACUGCCUGUUCAGUGACUACCAGCAAUCGCAGUGGGGAAAGUUGGGGGAUCCCGGAAUUGGAGGAGGAGCAGGAGCUGUGGGCGAUGGGCUGCCGCAGGCGGAUGCGUCCAAGGCACCGGGAUAUAAUCGGAAUAUCCUUAGCUCGCCCGUGGGCAGUUCCAAGGCCUCGUCGAAUCACUCCACCUCGCCACCAGUGGGAAAUGUGAUCCAGCAACAACAACAGCAGCAGCAGCAACCACCUCAAUCGAGCCAGCAGAGCGUGCAGCAGGCCUUAAACAUCAUCACCAGUGGAGGAGUUUCUGCCGCGCCAGCCAGAUCACCGAUGAUGUCCUCAAACGAGGGCAAUCCCACGGGAGGCCAACCCUCUAUGAAUGGAAUCCAGUCACUGGGUGAGUCGGCUCCUGCCCAUUCACCGGGCGUUAUCAAACCGCCCACCGCCACAGUUCCCAUCCAGCGGCAUGUUCCUAUGCCGAUCUCUGCACCAGAAGCCGGAGUCCCACCCACGUUCGGGGCGAUUGGGUCCAAUCCAGCCAGCGGUGGCAAUUCAGUGGCAGCUCAAGCGGCUGCUGCUGCCGCCGCCGCCGCCAUGAUCGAUCGCCAGCAACAACAGAAUUUGCAGCGAAUGAUCUACGACAAGGUGGGAGCCUCCCAGCAGCAGCAACAACAGCAGCAGCAGCUUAACUAUGCCAUGGAUCCCUCAUCCUCGCCGUACAUUGUGGAUGGCAAUAACUUGUUGCGUCUGAAUCCACGCGCCUCGCUCUUUGCUCAGGGUAACAAGCAGCCACCGCAGCCUCCGCCGCAGGGUGGAGCCCAGUCGAACAUGUUCGGAGGCAACCAAGGGAGACAGCCCCCAGGAGCUGGAGCCAGGCAGCCGGGAGGAGCAGCCGCACAACGCUGGUAUGGUGGUGCUCUAGAGUAUCCCUCAUACACGGGGCGCGACAUGCUGCACCUGGAGAACGGAGCUGGCGGAAUGGCGGGCCUGGGCUCGCCAUCUGCCAUGUCGCCCAAUCACGACGACAUCCGCAAGAUGCCUCGCCCAAUUGGCACAGAACGUGCCGCCGCUUCGUGGAAAUUUAACAACUUCAACGUGGCUGCCUCGGCGCUUAGCAUGGACGAUGCCCUGGCCAGCGUCCUACCGCCUUGGGCGCACGAGCCGAAGGCGCAGCCUCCAGGUCUGCAGCAGCCACCGCCUCCGCCGCAGUCGCAGCAGCAGCAACAGUCGCUUAAUUGGCUGAAGCAGCAGCAGCAGCCGCAGCAACAGCAGUAUAGGCCCUACAACAACGGACCCUAUCCGCAGCAGCAGCAGCAUGAGCCAAUGAAUAUGCCAAUGGACUACCACAACAUGCAGGCGCAACAGCAGCAGCAGCACGUCAACUUGAUGCCCUCUUACGGCUAUCAGCAUUUUGUGGGCGCCCCUGGAGCGGCUGACAUCGCCGCACACAUGCCGGACAAGAUGGAGGUGUGGGAUCACCAUGAUAAGCACAUGCCUUGGACAAACUACACCACCAACUGGUCCAACUGAUGUCCCAGCGACACUCAGCGGGAAGAUCUUUUUGAUACCUGUCGUUCAAGCAACUGAAUCGAGCAGUUAUGGAUGAGCAUUCUUCCAAAUUACCAGGAACCAGCAGCAAAAGCAACAGCAACAUCUCACUGAUUUAAAUAUGCAAAGCGAAAUAAUAUUUAUUGAAUUUCUACGUUUUCUAUUCGGAUUCUCGGCUUCUUCCCCCCACUACUUAAUCUUCUAACUACCUGCCAACCAUCGUGAAACCAACUAAAAGCAAAAAGAACUCAUGUGAAAAUAGCAACAUGGCUUUGUUCUUUAGUUUAUCGAUUUAAAAUCUGUUGAAUUUGGGUGACUAUUUAAAUUCGCAGGUUGACUUGAAAUUUUAACCCAGAAAGAAAUCUAAAAAGCAAACGGAAUGCAAAAUGAUAAAAGCGAAAGGAAAGAAGAAAAAAAUGUUCGAAACUGGCGCUCAGGCAACUGGGCGCAAUAUAUAUUAUUUAUUUUUAAAUGUAUUGAUAUUUUUUGAAGAAGCAUGAAGUUAGUGGUAGCUUAUUGUUUUGUGUGAUGAGCGAGAGGGAAAACGAAACGAAAAUUAACUUUCAUAUACACACACACAUGCACUAACAUCUCCCCCGCACACAAAAACACACAUACAUAAACACAAAUACAUUUAUUUUAAGAUAGAAGUCAGUCUUAUGAAUGAAACAUUAAAUUGAAAUGUUUAGCGCCAGCUAAAGUUCACACACAAACUUUUAAUACAACACUUAUACAUAAAUACAUCUAUAUAUAUAUUUAAUAACAUUAAUAAAGGCAACAAAUGAAUGUCGAAACUGUAAAUUCUAGGCGCGCACUUUUCUCUAAACCCCCUUUUCCCCCAAAUAUCCACCCACAACAAGAAGCUAACGAAACCGGAAACUAGAACAAAGCUAUGAAAACGCAUGCUUACGCUAUAAAUCGAAAACCAAGAGUACGAAAUGAAGAACUACAACCGACAAGAAAUUACUUAAUUCAACUUACAACAUAUACAUACCAUUAACUACUCCCAUACUUAAAGAUAUGCCUGGGAAAGAUACCAAACAAACACGAACGAAACAACCAAAGGGGAGCAGCUACAUAGUUUGGUGUUCUUUGGUCUGUGAAACCCCUUUAACGGUCCCCCGAAAAUUGUAGCUAGUAGAAAUUGAAAUUGCUUAAAUAACUAAGUAAAAACAACAAGAAAUCAACGGUCGAGAAACGUUUUAAUAUUCCAUUUACGAGAAAUAAACGAUAUAUGAUAAAGAUGAUGAGACGACGAAGCGGCGCUUGCUUGCCAUCUUUGAUGCUUUUCCGACACUGCUCAUAGACGUACAUAAAAUAUAUACCUACCUAUAUAGUAGCGAAUAGCAUAUAUGAGAUACACAAAUUUUUAUUUCAAAGAAAGCAAAAGUAAACUAAACAAAGAUAUGUAAAAACACUUGACUAACCCCUUCUUGCCUGAUCUAGGAUCGCACUACCAAUAUGCGAGUGAGAUCCGGAAACGGGAAAGAGGUCAAAGGUGUGGGUCGUCAGGCGAUUGCUUUGUAAAAUUCUAGAGGAAUAAACGAUGCUUGAGAUAUAAUGCUUAGAGAACGGUUAAAUAAGCAAUUCACGCAUAAUUACACUACACGAAAACCCGAUUAAAAGAUAUACUUUAUCGAUGAUAAUGAUGGAUAUGAAAAUACGAAAUAAAAGAUAAUAUAAGUGAG